GCCCUCAAAAUGUAGUAUGUCGGAAUAUAGUGAGUAUAUAACUUGUGCUACACUUCAAUUCCCAUUAAAACCAAUUGGUAUGGACUAUAGUGUACUUAAUAAAUAGAGAGAGAGUAUUGAUCUCAAAGCCACGAUGAUACUGAUCAGCCCCAAGAUGCUCAUCAAUAUGGCAAGGAAGUGGCAAAGAAUAGCAGCUCUGAGUAGGAAAAGAAUCUCUUUCCCAAGAAUUAAUUAUAUGGUUAUGGAAAGCUCUACGACGUCGUCUAAUGUGAUCAGCAAAGGUCAUUUUGUCGUUUACACCACAGACGACAAGCGUUUUGUGAUGCCGUUGGAGUACCUGAACCAAAACAUCUUGAGAGAGCUAUUCAAGAUGUCUGAAGAGGAGUUUGGAUUGUCAAGCGAUGCCCCUAUAAGAUUGCCUUGUGAUGCAGUGUUUAUGGAGUAUGUGGUCAAACUCAUCCGACGAGGUGUGGCCAAAGAUUUAGAGAAAGCGUUGCUUAGAUCGAUUGACACAAGUUUCUGUUACUCAUCAUUGUCAGCUCCUUCUUUUCACACUACUGGCCAAUUUACCAGUCAACAAAUCCCAGUUUUUGGUUACUAGAAACAAAAUAUCAUCAAAUAAUUAAUUAAUUAAUUAUUAGGGUAGUGUACUCUGUUCUAGUCUCUCAUUGUAAAUUGUAAUAAGAUGAUUAACUUCAUUUGCCUAUGGAUUAUGAUGAAUUCAUGGAUAUAUUUUUUUGUGACUAA